CGGCAGGGGCGGGGCUUCAGACUUGUCCUUCCGCGGGCGUGUCCCUCCGCUGGUCUACGGCCAAGGAGGGUGACGGGAAAGUGGCGAGGCGGGAACCCGGAGUGCUAGGCUGUCGGCGGCUGCUGUUAGUUUCCAAGAGCCUUCUGUCUCAUCUGUCCUGGGGAAGACCAGCAAAGGAAGAGAUUUUGAGAAGCUGUUAGAAAUACAUUAAGAGGAUUGAAGUGGAAAGGAACCUAGAAAAGAUCCCAGGAGAGAGCACAGGCCCAGUGAGAUUCUAAAGGCCUUUGGAGUGACAACUCAGGUCUCCAUCCUGCCCUUGAGGUGACCCCAAUAAUAGGUGCUGUCAAAAUGUCCAACCCCUUCCUAAAACAAGUCUUCAACAAGGACAAGACCUUCCGACCUAAGCGCAAGUUUGAGCCAGGCACACAACGCUUUGAGCUACACAAGAAAGCACAGGCAUCAUUGAAUGCAGGGCUGGACCUGCGGCAGGCUGUGCAGCUGCCCCCUGGCGAGGAGCUCAAUGACUGGGUGGCUGUGCACGUGGUGGACUUCUUCAACCGUGUCAACCUCAUAUAUGGCACCAUCAGUGACGGCUGCACCGAGCAGUCCUGCCCCAUCAUGUCUGGGGGCCCCAAGUAUGAGUACCGCUGGCAGGAUGAGCAAAGGUUCCGGAAACCCACUGCGUUGUCGGCACCCCGGUACAUGGACCUGCUCAUGGACUGGAUCGAGGUACAGAUCAACAACGAAGACAUCUUCCCCACCAACGUCGGCACACCAUUCCCCAAGAACUUCCUGCAGGCUGUGAGGAAGAUCUUGUCUCGGCUCUUCCGUGUUUUUGUGCACGUCUACAUCCACCACUUUGACCGCAUCGCCCAGAUGGGCUCCGAGGCCCACGUGAACACCUGCUACAAGCACUUCUACUACUUUGUCACUGAGUUCAACCUUAUUGACACCAAGGAGCUGGAGCCCCUGAAGGAAAUGACCUCUCGGAUGUGCCACUAAGAGCCUAGGAUGUCCCGGCCUUGGAAACAUCUUUGAGAUAUCCAGCCAAGCCACUGUGAGGCCAUUAGGAGUCCAGUGGUGACUAUGGAUCCUCCUUUUCUUCCUGGAGCAGCUGCCACAGGUCCUUACCACCUCCCUGAGCCCUGACUCCUGGGCUUUCAGCAGGGAGUCUGAACUUGAACUCUGCAGUGUUCUGUGCUCUCACCAAUGGGAAACCCACUGUGUCCAUAAACCACAUCACCACAGGAGGUGAGGGAGCUCCACCUCCCCUCAGCCCCCGUGGCCCUUCUCAGACUUGUGCCCCGCUCCCACUCUCUGGCCCCAUCCUGACUUCGAACCUUGCACCUGCAACUCAGCCUCCUGCUCUAGAGCUUCUAUGGCCCACUAACAGCUGUAGAUGACUUUUCCAGAGGUACAGCUGGGCUGCAGUGCCCCCCUCCUUACAUCCCCUCUACUUCCCUUAACAUCCCUACAGCAUUCCGCUGCCCAGGGCUGGGACUGCAGCCCCUGGGUCAUGUCCUUGGGCACCUUCCCCUGUUACAGAUUUCAUUUUUAUACAGUCUUGCUUAUAAACAUCUUGAGAUAUUUUUGCUAGUGCUAGUGCAGUAUGCUACUCAGGAGCUGAGAUUUGAGGAUCAUGGUUUAAAAAGCCAACCCUGGAUAGAGAAAUCCUUCAUCUCUAACCAGCAGAAGGCCAGAAGUAGAGGUGUAGCUCUAGUAUUACAAGCACCAGCCUUGAGUGAAAAAGCUAAGGGACAGUGCCCAGUCCCUGAGUUCAAGCCCCAGUACUGGCACCAAAAAAACAUAUAUUCAUUUUCAUACAGUCUUGCUUACAACCAUCUUGGCCUGUUUUUGUUUUUGUUUUAAUGUUUUUGCCAGGUGCUAGUGGCGCAUGCCUGUAAUCCUACCUAAUCAGGAGGCUGAGA